AUUUGGACUGUGCAUGUGAGGGAGGAAGCCGAGGCUGACAUGCAGCUAUGAAGAGGGUAAUAGAAACCAAAGAAAUCACCGGCCUUUCCCAAGACCCGGAGAGCAUGGAGAACAAGGAGAACGGCUCCACCGACUCUAAAAGCUCCAUAGAGAAUGGGAGACCACCAGAUCCUGCGCACUGGGCCAUCGAUGAUGUCGUCAAUUACUUCAAAACGGCCGGAUUUGAAGAACAAGCAACCGCAUUUAAAGACCAGGAAAUCGAUGGGAAAUCUCUCCUGCUCAUGACCAGAAAUGACGUUUUAACUGGACUUUCACUAAAACUGGGCCCGGCUCUUAAAAUCUACGAAUAUCACGUGAAGCCGCUGCAGACGCAGCACCUCAAGAGCGCCUCCCCAUAAGACGCGGCCUGUCAUCACGGGGCUGCAAUCCUAAAGCCAAAUAUAAACUGUCCGCGAGGAUGCAUGACCGGGGGACGGACGCGGGGACCUCGGUCCUUAGGAAGACGUAUUGUGUUUUGUGAUUCUCCGAAAAAAAUAUGACAACUUGGUUGGUAUGUGACCCCGCAUGGACAAAUCCAAUAUUGUGUACAGGACUGACCCCCUGCCGCCAGGUCACAUGACUUCCUGCCCGACGUCAUAUGGGAUUCCUAGGUGUCUUGUAAUAUUCUAGAUUCAUAAGGUACCCCAAGGGCAAAAAAACCCAAAACAACAGUGCCCCCCCCCCCCCCCCAGUGGUCAGAUAAGGAAUAUUUCAUCUGUAUGGGGCCUAGAUGAAUGCACUUCUCUCACUUACGGGGCUUGACCCCUGUUUAAAGGGCAUCUGUCAGCAGUUUUGUACCUAGGACACUGGCUGACCUGUUACAUGUGCGCUUGGCAACUGAAGACAUCUGUCUUGGUCCCAUGUUCGUAUG